AUGGAUUUGUUUUUUGAUGCGGACAAAGGCAUGUCAUUCACAGUUGAAGUUGGCUACUUUGAUACCAUUCAAGAAAUCAAAGAAAAGGUGACAAAGUACAAUGGCAUUCCUAUUCACCAACAAACCCUAAUAUUCAAUGGAAAAACCCUACCCGAUGAUCUCAACAUUCACACGUCCGACAUCUUAGAUGGCUCGCGUCUUAAGCUUAUCACAACGACUAGCGAUCCUCAAGAGCCACCGCAAACCAUCACCAAUGUCAAAACCGAAGAAACUCCUUCACCAUCUUCGCCCCACAAGAUCAAAAUAUUAUUGAAACCAUUUGAUGUAUCAAUGGAGGUGGACAUGACCGAUUCUGUUUUAAAGAUCAAAGAGAAGAUGAACGAAAUGGAAGGGAUCCCAUUGAGCAGAAUGGUUGUUUAUGCGAAUGGGGUCGAGUUGCAUGAUCAAAAGAGUUUGCAUGAGUGCCAGCUUGUGGAUGGUUCGAAAGUUGAGAUGACGCUCAAGCCGCCAACGCCUCCACCGUCUUGUAUGGGAUUGUUGUCGAAGAAAAUGAAGGUGUAUGUGAUGUCGAAAAGUGGGGAAAAGAUUGGGUUGGAGGUGAAUCCGUCGAGCAAUGUGGGGGAGCUAAGAAAGGAGUUGGAGAAGGUAAGGCAUCAAGGGGUGGGAUUUAGGGUACCAGAUGAAGGAUAUUUCUUCAUAUACAAACAAAAUGUGAUGGAAGAAGAUCACUCUUUUAGAUGGCAUCGAGUCGGACAAGGUGAAACCAUUGAGAUCUUCAAUGGAUGUGUCACCCGCGGAUCCUAA